CUAAAAAUAAUUUUUCCAAGCCGAUUCGAAAUUUUUUUUUUCGCCGAAAACUUUCAGCGCCUAUUCGAAUUUUUUUCUCGAAACCGAGUAGGAUUUCAAAGGUAUGUCUUUUGAGCAAAAAUGCUUGUAAUUGACCCCUGAAACUGAAAAUAAUUUUUCCAGACCGAUUUGAAAUUUUUGAAUUUAAUUGUUAAUAACUUUUUAACGAAGCCUCAGUCAAGAAAUUGAUAUUCUUGAUUUUCGUCUUAUUUAGGCCUCUAGAAUCUCCCAUUAAAAUUUUUCCCUGGGAUGACCGAACACACUGUAUAAUGAACACCGUACACGUCGAAUUAUUCGUACCAUAAAUAGCCCGACACCGUUAGCGUAGAUCGCAACGAGAUCGCUAAAUUAUCACCGUUGGAAUAUGCACGUGAAAUUGGCUGUUUCGAAUACCGAAUCCCAUCAGAAAUACUUCUUUGCCUCGCUUGUAUAUUUUUCCACUCAACGAAUACGAAACGGCUCGGCGAGCGAGACAUACACUACCCGCCAAAAGUUUCGAGUCGUUGAGUGACCAAAUCCUUUUCGAUUCGAUGCUACCAGGCUUUGAACUGCCUAAUUUUCUAUGAUUCCAGAUCGAUCGAUAGAUAGAUUCAAACUCGUCAAAGAUCUCUUGCACAAUGCUAAUAAUAUCAGCAAAUUUACAUUUUCAGUUUCACGAAACAAAUAAAUUCAAAUUUUCUCCGCGUAAAUAGUCAAUAGAAAAUGGCGUACAAAUAUUUUCUACGGUAUUUCGUAACGACGGAAAUUCUUUUGGAAAUUAUUUGCCGGAUUUCUCAUUAAUUUAUUACGUGGUUCUUCGUGACACACCUAGCGGGAAAUCGUGCGUUAAUCGAAGCCUUCUUUCUGGAAACUCGACUGCGAUGACUGGCUGACCGUUCGACGAACUGUUUCUGUACUUGAAUUUUUGCCAGAACUUCCGUGUAUCUUUCUCGCGCGCUGACACCGAUCAAUCGUUACGCGUUUUAAUAUUUUCCUUGCUUCUUUGUCGUUUAAUAUUUUUCGUCGAUCGUUUCGGCAUUAAAUUCGUGUAAACGAUUGAUUUUCAGUAGGCGGGUUCGGUGGACGAAUACUUUAAUUACCCACUGUAUAUUGUAAGUAGGCUAGUACACUUUGUACUCUGUGAUAGCGCCACUAUAAUUCUCCGUCGCGUUCGGUCGAGUUUGCAACAAUUUCAGCUCAAUAAAAUAGCAGCGAUGAACCACGUUCAAGGUGCAGAUCAUGGGAUGACGUAGGACCGACUAAAAUGGAAACUGUCGGCCAAACGCACAGACAGCAUCACCCUUCCUUGGAGGCGACCAGGUCCAACACCUCGACGCAGUCGGCCAGAAGCGAGGAUUCCUGGUGCUCCGCGUCGGAUCAUGACCUCUCCUCGGACGACGAGAGCGAGAAGAGUAAUAUCAGUAUUAAAAGUAAUUGCCAAUUGAGGAACACGUUGCACAAGGCGAGGACGCUCUGCGACAAGUGGAGGUCGCAGAAUAUGCGAGUGAGCAACGCGGACCCGUUGGACUCGCCCGGAAACCAUGGAAGACUGUCGAGAUGGUUCAGCAUUCGACGAGGCUCGACGCAACAGUACGACGUCGACUCCUCCGACACGGUGUCUCUUACGAGUCCCAUCAAGGCGCCGCAGAUGCCGCAGCUGUGCGAAAUCGAGGAGGAGAACAGCAGCGCGAUGUUGCAGUUCCAGUGCAUGCAACAACGCAGGCAGACCCCGCCGGCCCUUCCACCGACGCCGGCGAACUUAACCCCCCAGCAGUUGAAACGUCGACACAUAGUGGCCGCUAUAGUGCACUCCGAGAACAGUUACGUGUCGACGUUGCAGAGGCUAGUGAACGAUUACAAGAAACCUUUGGAGGAGUCCUCGCCGCCCAUACUGAGCCAGGCGAAAAUAGUAACGUUGUUUCAUAGACUGCCGGAGAUUCUGCAAUGCCAUACGUUGUUCAGAAUCGCGCUGGCGGAAUGCGUCCGCUCGUGGGACAAAGACGAGAAGCUUGGGGACGUGUUCGUCGCGAGCUUCAGCAAAGCGAUCGUUCUCGACAUUUACAGCGGGUUUAUAAAUAAUUUUUCAAGGGCCAUGGAUCUGGCUAAACAGGAGUCGAAGAGAAAGACCGCGCUCGCCGACUUUUUCAAGGUGAAGCAAAUAAGCGCGCACGACAGAUUGUCCUUCUUCGGAUUGAUGGUCAAGCCAGUGCAGAGGUUUCCGCAAUUUAUACUAUUUUUACAAGACUUGCUGAAACACACGCCGCAAGGGCACCACGAUAGAAUGUCGUUGCAAUUAGCGUUGACCCAAUUGGAGAGUUUGGCGGAGAUGCUGAACGAGAGGAAGCGCGAGGCGGAACAGUUCCAAGCGUUCAAAGAGAUGCUGCGACACGUGUCCGGGAAAUUGUCACAUCGUCCACUCUCGUCUUCGUCCAGGUAUCUCAUCAGGGAGGACAACGUGACGCAACUGGAAUUUAAUCAGAAUGGAAUGAUAACGAAAUCCAAAAGACGAAGGUUACUCCUGCUGAACGAUCUCGUGGUGUGCGUCUCGGUAACGCCAAGGUCCGCGGAGGAUUUCAGCGGCAGCGAGAGACUUACUCUAAAGUGGACGUAUCCUGUGUCAGAUAUCGAGAUUCAGGAUACGAGUACCUCGCCAACGUUGAGUCGUUUGUUGACCGCUGGCCUGAACAAAGGCGGCAGUUUGAAAUCUGACAAAAGCGGAGAAUGUGGACAAGCAGGGGCGGACAAUCUCUGCGUAGAAAUGAACGAUCUUAUGCACGAUUACGAAGUAAUGUCUAGGAUAAGCGAUUUGGUUGCACAGCUGAAGGGCAAAUACGAGGGGAUGACGCUCGAGAAGACCAAACAAAUUCUACAAUCCAUACAAUUGUCGAUACAACAAAAGGACGAGGACAUGGUUUGGGCGGACAGUUGUUGCCUGCAGUUGGUAACGAAGCAAGGUCAAAUGUACACCUUCCAAACCGAGAAUCCCCUGGUGAAGAAAGACUGGAUAACCGAACUUAGGCUAGCGCAGCUGGCUCUGGACCCGAACAAUUCCCCUUCUUGGGAAGUACCUGAACAAGAACAAAGACCAUCCACCAAGAUGCCGCUUUUCGUUAGCUCGCAACAGGUGUACCAUUCGCAACAUCAGACAGAAGUACGUUGCGGUUGUUACUACACUGCGCAGAAUCCACGUCCGACCAGGCGCCGCGGCAGAAGUCAAAGCUACUUAUGGAUAUGCACGGGUGACGGUAUAUCCAGUCACGUAACGGUAUUCGGCCAGUCGACGAUAGCUUCGGCGACCUCUUUGAAGCAGAUCACCGCGUUCGACUUGGUGGAGACCCAGGUGGGUGCUAUAGAGUUCGUGAAGGGCUCCGCGUCCGAUCCGUUGUCGCUGGCGGGCGACGUCGUGUGGAUGGGAACGGACUCCCGCAAGAUCAUAAUCUACGCCGCCUCGGAGCCCGAGAAACAGGAGGAGCUGGGCAACUAUUCGGUGUCGGGGCCGGUGAUGCAGAUCAAAUACCAUUGCGACAACGUCUUCGUCGCGCUGGGAGUGGGUCUGUUGCUGCUGUUCAGACGGCAGCUGGACGGCGCGUGGAACCUCAGGGAUCCGUUCGUGAUAACGUUGGGCAACGAACCGGUCUCCUGUCUGAUGCCGAUCAACGCCUCCGUUUACGCGGCCUGCGGUAAAAAGGUUUGGGUACUUAACGCGGUGACCGGUGACAUCGCGAAGAGCUUCAGCGCUCAGCACGAGCACGUUGGCAGCGUGAAGCUGAUGGCUCACUCCGGCGUGGGUCUGUGGGUCGCGUUGAAGAACUCGAGCACCGUUUGUCUGUACCACACGGAGACGUUCAAACACCUGCAGGACAUCAAUAUAGCGUCGAACGUGCUGAGAGUGACCAGAUCGAACAACGCCACGAACUCCUGCGGCGACAAUUUGAACAACAAUCAGACGUCCGUGACGGUGACGGCGCUGCUGGCGUGCAAGGGCCUGCUCUGGGUGGGCACCAACGUGGGCAUCAGCCUGACGAUCCCGCUUCCGCGAUUGGAGGGUGUACCGAUCAUCAGCGGUCGCGUGAACAUCUCCUAUCACGCGCACUUCGGUCCCAUCACCUUCCUGCUGGCCAUACAGAACCCGAAGAACUCGGUGAAUUGCUCCACGGACGAGACGAACGACGAGGACAGUGUACAAUUGAGGCCCAAGGAAACGGAGAACAGAAGCGUCAGGGAUCGUGCUAGCCUGGACUCGUCGAUGUCGAGCAGCAUCGUGAAGCUGAAGCAACAGCUGGCGGGCAGCCCGGUGAUGCUGAGACGGAAACGUAGCAAGGAGUACGAGUACAGGGGUUCGAAGACGCUUCCCAGGGGUUUGGGCUCCGGCGGUGGAUUCCUGUCGAACUCGAUGUCCGGGUCGCAAAGCUCCGGGGAGAAUUGCGACGUUUACGGGCUGUACGGGGAACUGAUGUACGUGAAGGAUUACGAGAACGAGAACAGCUCCGGUAUCGAUCCGAUUUACGAGUCGUUGAGGAGAAGCGACCCGGAGCUGGCUGCCAUACCAAAUAAAGUUAGUACCUUAGACCGUAGAUUGAAGAUGAAGAUCACCAGACCCAGGUCGUUGGAUCUGUCGAAUUGGUCGGUCGACUCGCACGCCAGUUCCCUGUACACGUCCUCGGGUUCCGAGGAGAACCUGUCGCUGAAGACGGGCAAAUUGUCGCGCAACAGCAGCACAGCCAGUAGAAACGGACCGUACGACGCGACCGCCACUACCAACAGCAGCAUGGUGCAGUCGGUGCCCGAGACGAUGCCGCAGUCCACUAGUAUAAAGACGAACGGUAAAAAGAUGAACAAGACUCUGCAGCAGAUAGAACAACCGAAACGAACUGUUCUGACGCUGAUGGGCGGCCGUGGUUACAUUAAUUGGAGGCAGUUGAACGCGCAGUCCCUCACCGACAAGUCCUCCAAGUCGGGCUACACGUUCAAAGAUCCAAACAGCAACGACGCCCACAUCGUCCUGUGGGAGAUGAAAUUAUGAUACUCAGUUACGCUAGGCCUAUCGUUACGCCUAUGUUGGUACGAGUAGAUAUGUUAAUACUUUCGGGGCCGGUUACGAUAACGUUUUCUCGUAGUAUCGGCGAAUAGGACCAAAAAAAAGAAACUACUGUCGAACUGAUAUCUCUUUAAGUGAUAAGGAUCCAGGGACGGGGACUGAUACUGUACCGACGCCAUCGAUAAAUAAGCAAAGUACCGUUUCCCAUUAAAUUUCGUUAAUUUCGUAAUCGAUUGAUAUCAAUUGCGGUUGCUUCUGACUAUUAAAUUUCCUAUCGCGAUUGAUCGAAUGAUAAUUAGCCGUUACCGAUACCGUAUGAACCGAGUUAGCAUCGAUAUUGUUGUAAUUGUGUAAAAUAUAGGAAACAGAGUCUGAUAUUAACUGAGUAAUUGUAAUCGAACACAAACGUUAAGUAAUUCCUUUUACCAAUUAGAUUUCGUGAUUAGUUGAAAUUGUGUCUGUCUUCUUGCGUUGCUUACUUCGAUACGUUUACGAUAGCAUCGAUGCAUACGUUAUAGGUUAUACUUGAUAUAAAAUUGCUUGGAUAUCGUCGACGUGUAUCGGUAUCAGUCCCUUCUCUAAAUAUAAGGAUACUCGGUGGUAAGGAUUCGUUGAUUAAUUAGCACGGUUUUAAGUCAGUCGCUGGUGUUCAUUUAGAAAUGUUUUGAAACUACAGGACAGUCCUUACCGUUAGCAGUGACAAAUGUCUAGUUCUCGCGUAGCUCUCUUGAAGAUAAAAACGUUUUUGUAUUUUAUAACACGCUUCCAUCGUGUAGUAAAGAUAUCGUAUACUUUGUUACAAACUGCGUUCACCGUAUACGCUCGUGUCUGUUAUUGCCAGUGAUUCUUAACCACUGUUUCGUAAAUGUUUAACAAGAGAUUUAAUGAAUUCCUGUUAUAGCUUUUAAAAUUAACGCUAUGACCAUCGUUUCGGAUCAAAUGCAGCACUCAUUCUCCAUAAACCGUGCCACGAACUCGGGAACGACUAACCUCUUUCAAAGCAGUGAUGGCGAACCGAGAAUCUUUUACCCGCCAAAAUUUCUGUAUCGUGGCGUGCUGAUUUACAAUCGAUAUAAAUCGGUUACCAGAACGAAAUACUAAAUGUUUACAUCUCUAAUCACAGUUUUUAUUUAUAUCGUACGUUAGCAUUUAAUUACUUCGAUCGUGAUGAUAAUAAUUGGUACUGUACAGUCGAGUAUCAUGACUAGCAUUAAGACUAAUAUAAAUAUUAUCGAUACCAGAUAGGUUAGUAUCAUAGCCUUUGGCAUCAAGUUACAAAUCGAUAUUUUCUGCCAACUACUUUGGUAUUGAGUUUUUUGAAUACGAAAAAUCAUUGUUUGCAUUUAUCAUUGUACGAAAACGUCCUUAUUUAUAAUAAUCGUUCAUCAUUGUAUCGGGUCUGGAUCAUUCGUAAAGUUUCAUCGAGAUUUGUUGAUAUUUACCAAAAAUAUUCACCGCAGAUCGGAACAAUUACUACUUGUUCGUCUGUUAAAAAAUUAAUAUACAAUUGUUUGCCAUCACUGCUCUGAACUGUGCCGUGGGGCUUAAAGAGGUUAGGGACCACUGCAUCUAUAUUUUUUGUGUGCAAAUUUAUAAUAGAGAAAUUAGAGUCUGGAUAAUCUAGAGCCGUGUUACGAUUUGAGUGAAUUCGGAAAUUGUUGUGAGAGUGUGGUACGCGUUGUUGAUGGAUAAAUUAGCUCUCGAACGUGUAUUUUAAUAAAUAUUGUUAUUAUUGAGGUUAUACGGCAGAAUAAUUUAAAGCAGCGAAAUAUACGCGUUAUCGAUAAUAUGUUGAAGAACCUGUGAAAUUCAAGGUUCUUUACGAAUUGAUCUUGAGUGAGAUUUAGAACGAAACCGAGCGAAUACCCGUUGAUUCGAAGCUCGAUUAUAUCGAGCUUUAUUUGCUCGGUGACGUUUCGUAAGAUACCGAGUCUGUAUCGUUAUCUUACGCUUUUGGUACGCAGGACGUUUCGUAUCGAGGGAAAGACGAUUGAAUUUUUUUAUGCAUUUUGCAAUUUUCAUUUCGAGUCUUGUUGCGAAAACUUAAGGGACUCCCACCCCUUUUUACACGGGGGAAAUGAAACAACACAGAGCAGCACGUCUGUGAUUUAUUCAUUUGAUUUGUUAGCCGCUAUUAGCGUACAAAGAAUCUCUGACGAUAUCUCUAAAAAAAAACAAAAAACAAAAAUAAUUCUUUUUUUUAAUUUUUUCAAACGAGAAAAAAAAUAGAAAAAUGUAAAAAAAAGAUACAAUUACUAUUGAAACGCUUGCGCGAACUUAUUAGGACGCGUUUGGUUUUUGUCGUUGGACGAAAUGAAAAAUUUAAAUGGAAAUUUUGAUGUUUAGUUUUGUUGAUGUGCUUUUGUGAGA